UACACAUCACAUCGUCUUCAUUAUUUCCAUUACUUCUGGUCGAUUUUUAUUUCAAGUAAUUGAAAAUGCGUCAAGACCACGCCUUUUUAAGUGGAGAUUUUAGGUAUUUAAGAUGAAACGCAUUCUGGAUAUUCAUUGUACGGUUACACCUUGCAUCAACAACAAAAUCAACAUGUUCAAGCUGAUUGCCUUCUUCGCUCUCUUGGUUUGCGCUUUGGCCGCUCCCAAACCAAAACCACAGCUUCCAAUAAUUUCGGACUACAUUCCUCUAUCCUACAGUUCUAUCAACCCAAUCAACCCAAUCUACAACAACCUUGGUUACAACAAUCUGGGAUAUUCUUAUGGCUACGCUCCCUAUGCACCAAACUUCUACUACAACAACGGUUUCAACAACUUGGGCUAUGGCUAUGGAUUGUACCUUUAAAGAGACAGAAGUUCCGAUCUGGCAAAUUCGUUUCAGAAACAAAAUACUCAAAUAAAUCAUAAAAUCUCA